AUGCUAUUCAUUGCAGCAAAGGUGGAGCAGCAAAUGGAGCAACUCAAUGACAAGAUUCUUAGGGUCCUCGAGAGACAUGCUUGCAAGCCACCGGCCGAUGCUGCAAAUGCAUCUGCCGAAGCAGAAGGUGCAGUUGCUUCAUUGCGUCCGUUCGAGAUUCCUCAUGAUGGCUCAUAUGCAUGCGGCAGCGGUGGCGGGCAGUUCUGCAAUGUGGGUACGUCUUUGGGAAGUGGCAGAAACAGCUGCUGCAACAACGGUUGUUGCUGCACCAGCAUGAUGCAGUCGCGCGAAGAGUUGGACAGCAGCUGCUGUAGUUGCAGCGGUGCGGUACAUGAAAGUAGUGACCGGGGGAAAUCCGGCAAUUGCAGCAGCAACAGUGACAACGUGGCAUACAGGGUUUGGUACGACCCUGACGGGCGGCUCUGUCAGGGUCUCGCGCUGCUAUUCUGUCAACAGCUUCAAGCGGCAUUGAAGGACCAGCAGCAGCAGGUACAGCAGCUCUUGCAGCAGUCGGAGCAGCAGAAGCGAAGCAGGCAGAGAGACCAGCGGCGGGAUACGGCUUCGCUAAUUGUAGAGGGCCUCGUGUGGGGCAGCACCAGAAGCAGCUGCUGCUCCUCUGUAGCAGGGAACCUCCCACAGCAGCAGCAGAAGCCCUCUAUGGCAGCAAGAGCUGCUGCUGCAACAUCAGCAGGAACACCACAGGCGUUGAGUUCUUCUCCGUUGGAGGACCUGUUUGAUUUGUGCGCGGGCCUCACCAAAAGCGGUGGCAGUAGAAGUAGCAGCAGUGCCAGCAGCAGCAGCAGCAGCAAGGAGCAAGAGGUGUAUGUAUUUUUAUUUGUGGAGUCGGAAAAUGGCCGUCUCGUGGGGUCCUCCGCUGCGCUUGCUGCUGAAGCUGCGGAGGCGCUCACCGACAGAAGAGUCUGCCACAAACCUCUGCAGCGAUGCAUUCUCUCUGUGGUAUGUUGCGACACAGCAACGGCUGCAACAGGGGAAGUGUCUCAGCCUUCUGAGCGUGAGCAGCAACAGCUUCAGGAGCAGCAGCUGACCGAACAGAGUAAGAUGGGCGAUCUUUGUCGAGCAGCCGUAAACGGGAACAGCUUUAGCAGCAGAACCAACAGGCUCCUCAAGAAGUUAGGAGGGAACCUGGCUCGACUCGGGGCAGCAUCUCUCCAGAGGCAACAGCAACGACGGCCACACCAACAGCAGCAGCAACAACUUUUCUCCUUAACGUUGUGCACCGGUGCUUCUCCGUCGACGACUGCGAGCAAAUAUUGCCAGUGGACAGAGCGUGCGCUGCAGCUCGCAUUGCAUAGGCAGCAGGUUACAGUAGCAACAGCAACGGACACAGGUGAAUGCAAUGAUAACGGGGCUUCAAGCAACCUGAGUGAGUUCAGCUAUGGCAGCACAGACGAGGAGGAGGCAGAACAGCAGCAACCGCUUCACAGUUACGUGGGCGGAUGCGGUGAGGGAGCAUCGGAUAUGGAGGACCUCGGAGGUGGAACCGUAUCCUCUUCCUCGCCUUCAUCAUCUUUAUUAGCAGCAGCAGCUUCAACAGCAGCAGCAGGAACUGGAGUGGGCGAUAUGCCUGAACAGCUGACGGCAAGCCUGCGGCGCAACUUGACGAAGGAAGGCUACAAGUUGGUGGGGACCCACUCGGCAGUGAAGGUGUGCAGGUGGACGCGAGCUGCCUUGCGUGGUAGGGGGGGUUGCUAUAAACACACCUUUUAUGGAAUUAAGUCUUACGGCUGCAUGGAAUUCACCGCUUCUGUUGCCUGUGCAAAUCGCUGCCUCUUCUGCUGGCGCCACCACACCAACUUGGCCGCGGGGGACUGGCGUUGGAAGGCAGACGAACCAGCGGAUAUCCUACGGGAUGCGGUCUCCAGACACCUCAUUGCUAUCAAGGAACUCAAAGGACUCCCGGGUUUGCGAAGGGAUUUCUUUAGCCAGGUGGACAACAAAGUGCUGCAUUGCGCUUUGUCGCUUGUGGGGGAGCCCAUCAUGUAUCCACGCAUCAACGAGCUGCUCUUCCUUAUGCACCAGCAACACAUUUCUACCUUCCUUGUCACGAACGCACAACACCCGGAUGCUCUGAGUGCCUUGCGGCCCGUGACGCAGCUGUAUCUGUCGAUUGAUGCAGCAACAGAGAGCGAUCUGAAGCGGCUAGGCAAGAUAAUUUCUACUCACGUAUUGUGGCGCAUGCUCCUUCUGCGUAAGAUGCUGCAUGCAAUAUGGUGUGAUAUGGCGUGGCUAACGAUGCGUGCAGACAAGCCUGUGCACCGGGAUUACUGGGCGCGGUUUCUGCGGUGUAUAGACAUCCUGAAGACGAAGAAGCAGAGGACUGUAUUCCGCCUCACCCUUGUGCAUGGUUACAACUGCCGUCUAGUUCCAACAACAGCAGAAAGGGAGUGCCCUGUUGAAGUCAGCAGCAGCAGUGGGAGCACCAGCAGCAGCAGCCGUAGCGGCAGCACUAACACAAAUCGCGGGAAGGCUGCAGUGGACGUGACCAGCACGAUUGAGGGCUACGCCUCUCUGGUGCUGCGGGGAGAGCCAGAUUUAAUUGAAAUCAAAGGCAUGACAUUCUGUGGAGGCCUCGAUAGGGAGUCUUUGUCUAUGAAUAACGUGCCAAGGCACCAACAGGUGCUGGAUUUCGCUGAGGCGCUACUGAAGGUGCUGCCGGAGGGCAGGCCCUCAGUGGGAAAGAAGACUUCACAGGCCUUGACUACUCUGUGCCUUCGCCUUCUUGGGCAGCCUUCGGAGCCGAAGGUCGCGGGUUCGAUCCUCACCAAAGACGGUCCGUGCAUCAUGCACAUCAAUGGGGAGGAGGGGUUGCCGCCGAAUAGUGCCUCUUCGGCGGCAACGCCACUACUAGAAGUGUAG